AUGGACAAGGUUGCUGCAGUACAAGGAGCAUUAGAUAGCUUGAUAUGGGACAGCACACCAGGCCCCAGUCCAGGCAGCGGCGACAGCACAGCAGCUGCAACCGCAUCACCAACUGCGGCCGCGUCCCCGCCGGCCCCGGUCCGCGGCCGCUACGCCCCCGACGACCGCGGCGCCCUACUGGAGCGCCUCCGCACCUACCGCCCCGCCACGUGGUUCGCCAAGCCGCCCGCCCUCGCGCCCGCGGCGUGCGCGCUGCUGGGGUGGCGCAACGUCGCCCCGGACCGCUUGUCUUGCGAGUUUUGUGGCGCCAAGAUCGCAGCAAAGCUCCCGCCCGCCACCGCUGCCGCGCGCGGGGCCGCGGCCGCCAAGUUCGCGGCGCUCCUGCUGGAGAACCACUCCGAGCUCUGCCCCUGGCGCGCGCGGCCGUCGCCGCGGGGGCUGCUGUCGUUCCCGCCGGCGCCCGCGGUGCGGCUGCGCGGGGAUUUCGCCCGCCGCGCGGCGGGGCUGCGGCGGGCGGAGCGGCUGCCAGACCUGAGCGCGGCCGCGCUGCGGCGGCUGGCGGCCGCAGCAGGCAGCGGCGACGGCGGCGGCGGGGGCAGCGGCGGCGCGGGGGUUGCGGCGCUGGCGGCUCUGCUCGGGGUGUCAGAGGAGCGGCUCGCGCGGCUGGCGCGGCCGCCGGAGGCCGCGCCCGGCGGCAGGGGCGGCGGCGGGGGCGGGGCCUGGGUGCUGCAGGCCGGCGGCGCGGCUGACUUGUUGGCCUUGCUCGGGUGGGAGCUGCAGGCAGCCUCGCAGGCAGCCAGCGGCGGCGGCGGCGGCGGUGGCGGCGGUGGCGGCGGUGGCGGCGAUGCGGUCUCUCCAGCUGCGGUCAAGGGCGGCGCGCUGCGCUGCGCGACGUGCGGCGCCGGCUGCGGGCUGGCGCCGCCGGGCGCCGGCGGCAAGCGGGCGCGGCUGGCGCGGCUCGCGGCGGC